AUGUUGCAGGAUUUCUCCGAGCAGAGAGAGAUGGCCAAACAGCCGGCCAAUGCUCCUACCGGUUGUAACCCGUUGCACCAGCCGGAGGGAGUUUCAGCAAACAAACCGGAUAAUGCCUUUAACCAAACGUCCGCAGCAUACCCGGCCCCUCAGCCAGCACAAUCCAACGAGAGCAAAACUUUCUGUCCCACGGAAAAUAAACCAGGAGAACCGGGAGAAGUCAAAGUCUAUGGGACGUUUAAAAACGCCGCUCUGCCGGUGCCUGGAUCCGUGGCUGCUCUCUCGGCUGCCCGGGAUAUCCCUGACCAGUACGGGGACCCGCUUAGGGUCACCGGGGAUCAAAACAAUGCAUCGGGCAACUGGACCACCAUGAGCCAGACCACCAUCAUUCUGGGCGCAGAUGGCAACACGUCUGUUCAGCCCGGCGCGGUGAUGUGGGAGGAAGACGAGGACGAGAGUGGAGAUGAGAAUAAGGCCAGGGGAAACUGGACUAAUAAAUUGGAUUUCAUCCUGUCCAUGGUUGGCUAUGCGGUGGGACUGGGAAACGUGUGGAGGUUUCCAUACCUUGCCUUCCAAAAUGGUGGAGGUGCUUUUUUGAUCCCCUACCUUAUAAUGUUGUGCCUCGCCGGGAUCCCUAUCUUUUUAUUGGAGGUUUCCCUGGGUCAGUUUGCCAGCCAGGGCCCGGUGUCCGUGUGGAAAGCCAUCCCGGCUCUGCAAGGUUGCGGGAUUGCCAUGUUGAUAAUAUCUGUCUUGAUAGCCAUAUACUAUAACAUUAUUAUGUGCUGGACACUGUACUACCUGUUCGCUUCGUUGAAGGGCUCACUGCCAUGGGCUAACUGUAAGAACGAGUGGAACACGUUGGACUGUAAGGACAAAGACAUGCUUCUCUUAGACACGUGUAUCCUCCAUGAUAAAAACAUCACCUCUGUAAAGAACAGCUCGUUCUGUCUGUCGGCUCAAGCCAUUGGAAACCUGACCAAACUGGUUAACAUGACCUUUCCGGAUAACAAAACUUACGUCAGCCCCAGCGAGGAGUACUUCAAGUACAAUGUCUUGCACAUCUCCAAAGGGAUAGAGUACCCUGGAGACAUCCGCUGGCCCCUCGCAGGCUGCCUGUUGCUGGCCUGGUUGAUAGUCUACCUCUCCCUGGCCAAAGGAAUCAAGUCAUCAGGGAAAGUGGUGUAUUUCACAGCUACGUUCCCCUAUGUGGUUCUGGUCAUUCUGUUGUUCAGAGGAGUGACCCUCCCAGGGGCUGGUGACGGCAUCCUCUACUUCAUCACACCCAAGUGGGAGAAACUCAAUGAUGCUAAGGUUUGGAAGGAUGCUGCCACCCAGAUUUUCUUCUCUCUGUCAGCAGCCUGGGGAGGCCUCAUCACACUGUCUUCUUACAACAAGUUCCACAACAACUGCUACAGGGACACCAUCAUAGUGUGCAUAGUUAACAGUGCCACCAGUAUAUUCGCUGGGUUCGUCAUCUUUUCCGUCAUUGGAUUCAUGGCCCACGAACUGAAGGUGCCCAUUGAGAAGGUGGCUGAUGAAGGUCCAGGCAUAGCGUUCGUGGUGUACCCAGAGGCUCUGACCAGACUCCCACUCUCUCCGUUCUGGGCCAUCAUCUUCUUCCUCAUGCUGCUGACCCUCGGCCUGGAUACCAUGUUUGCCACCAUUGAGACCAUAGUGACGUCGGUGUCAGACGAGUUCCCCCAGUACCUGAGAAAGAACAAGCCUCUGUUCACACUCAUCUGUUGUGCAUGUUUCUUCUUCCUGGGAUUCCCUAUGGUCACAGAGAAUGGGAUGUACAUGCUCCAGUUGGUGGACACAUACGCUGCCUCUUACUCUCUGGUAAUCAUUGCCAUCUGUGAGCUGAUCGGAAUCUCUUACUUCUAUGGCCUGCAGAGGUUCUGCGAGGACAUUGAAAUGAUGAUUGGCUUCCAACCAAACCGCUUCUGGAGAAUCUGCUGGGCCUUUGUGACUCCUACCAUUCUGACUGGUAUCCUGGGGCUGAGUCUGUACCAGUGGAAGGUGAUGACCUAUGAGGACUACACCUACCCCACCUGGUCCAUGGUGAUGGGCUGGCUGAUGGUGUUGUGUUCUGUCAUCUGGAUCCCAAUCAUGUUUGUCAUCAAAAUGCACUUGGCCCCAGGCAGCUUUACAGAGCGUCUGAAGCUGGUGUGUUCCCCUCAGCCCGAUUGGGGUCCCUUCCUGGCCAAGCACAGAGGGGAGCGCUACAAGAACAUGAUGGACCCCCAUGGAUCCAACUCCCUGGGCCUCAAACUGCCCCCCAAAGAUUUCCAGCUGGGCGCCUACCAGUAGCAGCCUCCACUACAACCACCACCGUCACUUCAGCAGGGGGACCAGGGGAGAGAGAGAGCAGCAGCCUACCACUGCCCUCUCCCACACCUAUUCUUAAUUUUUCCUGUUUUCCACUCUCCUAUUUCCUUCCUCUUUCCCAUCAAUGUGUGUGAGAGAAAAGCAAGCCAACACAUCGCCCACUUUUUUUCCUGGUUCUCCUGUUCACCUCCCCUGCUCCCUUCUACACUCUAUAGCAAAGUGGGGCUGCCCUCCUCUACAACAUUGCUUUCUCUGGCAGGCACCCAUGCUAUACCCUGCCCUCUCUCUCCUUAACCCCUGACCUGAGAAUGGUCUGUCCUCUGCCUCCUGCCCAUGCACAGCCAUUACGCCAGAACCUUUCUUACUGAGGGGAUCUCUAUUCCAAGAGAAAAAUGUACCGUGUCACAAUAUUGCAAUGGCAAUAUUCGACUGCUCAUGACAAAAAAAUCAAAUCAAAUUUUUAAUUUGUCACAUGCUUCGUUAACAACAGGUGAAGACUAACAGUGAAAUGCUUACUUACGGGUCCUUUUCCAACAACGAAGAGUUAAAGAUACAUUUAAAAAAUAAAAUAGUGACAGAAGGAAUAGAUACACAGGGAUUAACGAAUAACAAUAAUGGAGUAAAAAUAACAUGGUACUGGUACUCCCUGUAUAUAGCAGAGUCGAUGUGCAGGGGUACGAGGUAAUUGAGGUAGAUUUGUAUAUAUAGGUAAGGGUAUAAAGUGGCUGUGUGUGUGUGACUGUGUGUGUGGCGUCAGUAUGCAUUUGUGUGUGUGUGUGUUGGGGUGCCAGUGUAAGUAUGUGUGAGUGUGUGGGUAGAGUCCAGUGUGUGCUCAUAGAGUCAGUACAAGAGAGUUAGUGCAAAAAAGGGGCAAUGCAGGUAGUUCGGGUAGCCAUUUGAUUUAGGUAUUUAGAGGUCUUGUUUAUCAGUCUUAUGGCUUGGGGGUAGAAGCUGUUCAGGGUCUUAUUGGUUCCAGACUUGGUGCACUGGUACCGCUUGCCGUGUAGAAGCAGAGAGAACAGUCUAUGGUUUGGAUGGAGUUUUUGACCAUUUUUUGAUCCUUCCACUGACAACGCCUGGUGUAGAGGUCCUGGAUGGCAGGGAGGGAGUUCGACCCCAGUGAUGUACUGGGCCAAACUGACCACCCUCUGUAGCGCCUUGCGGUCAGACGCCUUGCAUUUGCCGUACCAAGCGGCGAUGCAGCUUGUCAAGAUGCAGCUGUUGAACUUUUAUGAGGAUCUGAGGGCCCAUGCCAAAUCUUUUCAGCCUCCUGAGGGGGAAGAGGCGCUGUCGUGCCCUCUUCACAACUGUGUGGGUGUAUGUGGACCAUGUUAGUUCAUUAGUGAUGUGCACACAGAGGAACUUGAAGCUCUCGAACCACUCCACUACAUCUGGACUAGUCCCUAUGGAGGUGUGUGUGCAUGUGUGUGUGCAUGCGUGUGUGUGUGUGUGUGUGAUUGUUUUAUUCUUGUAUCUAUGUGUAUAGUGAUAUUGGAAAAUCCUCCACAAACAAAAAGGCACAAAAAAUCUAAUUGACAGACUGAGAAAUAUUGGUAGUCAUCAGACUCAUCUAUGGGACAUUAUGAUAUAUAUAUUCAUUCUUUUUUUAAUGAAAUAGGCAAUACAAGUAAAAUCAACUGCCUAGAAAGUAUGCAGUAUGGUUCAUUUUCAUAGAUGAUAUUUGUUCCUGUCAAACUAUAUACACAUUAAAUAGGAGUGUGUGUAUAUAUAUAUAGGAGCAACUUAUGUAUAUAUAUAUAUACACACUCCUAUUUAAUGUGCAGGCUCCUUUGCUUUAGCUGAAUAAAUGAAGUUACCUGCAAUUUUUACCUUCUACUUCUCCAGUAGAUAAGGAAAUGCCUAUCGCUGAUUACUUUAACUAUAAACACUUUAGUCUCUACUAUCUCUAGAAAAAAAUGUAUCGGUAAUCAAUGUAGCACAUUAAUACAGUCGUGUAGUCGAUCCUUUCUUUAGUAGCUUAAGAUAUGCAAAACGGCCAUGUGAAAUUGUAGUGAUUCUUCUCAGUGUUUAGAAUAGUCCAAUGGCCUUUGUGUGCAUAACAAUUAAACCAACUAUUUAUUGCUGUAGACAUGUGUUCUAGUCAUGGCAACUAUGGAAUCUCCCUCUUUCCUCAUACGCAACUUCUGUAGGGUAACACACACAUAUAUAUAUAUAUACAAGAGAGAAUGUGUAUUGCUCCAGAUGUUUUUUCCUGUAUUGCUCCAGAUGUUUUUUCCUUGCCGGCUGUGUAAGCUGUAUCUUGUAAACCUUUUAAAAAGAGAUGUGUGUUGACUUAGUGCGUGCUAGUGUUGUCACAUCCCCACAAUGUUAGGAGGAACUUGUAGAUAUGUGUGUAGGUAGUGUAUAGAAUAUGGCCUUUUUUCCCCCUGGAACUGUACUUAUCUUAUUAUAUGUGGUAGAGC